AUGGCUCACACCGGCACGACCGCGAUCAAUCCACACCUCUACCCACGCCACCCCUACGAUCCGCGCACCGAUCUGACUCCGAUCACUCCCAUCGUUUCGUACACCAACGUGCUGGUCAUCAACCCCAAGGUGCCAGCCAACACGCUGGCCGAGUUCAUUGCAUGGACCAAGCGUAGUGGUGUUUCGGCCAACUACGCAUCGGGCGGCAACGGCGCAACCAACCACCUCUCCGGAGAGCUGCUCAAAGCGUUGACAGGCGCGAAGCUCGAGCACAUUCCUUAUAAGGGCAGUGCACCCGCCCUGGUGGACGUCAUGGGCGGCAGCGUCUCGGCCAUGUUCGAUAUCCCCAUCACCUCGCUGCCUCAAAUCCGUGCCGGCCAUGUCAGGCCGCUUGCCGUGACCAGUGUCAAGCGCAGCAGUUAUCUGCCCGACGUGCCCACCAUGCGCGAGUCCGGUGUGCCAGGCUUCGACGAAGCGGGUAGCGACCUGUGGUUCGGUCUGGUGGCCCCUGCCAAACUCCCUCAACCCGUCGUCGACCGGCUGUAUCAGGCCGCUCUCAAAGCGAUGCAGACCCCAGAACUUCAGCAGGCCAUUCGUGGCAUGGCCUACGAGGCAUGGACCUUGCCCCCCACCGAGUUCAAGUCCUUCAUGAACAUCGAGUAUGACAAGUGGGGAAAGGUCGUCAAACUCUCCGGCGCGAAAGUCGAUUGA